UCUCGGAAGAAAAGCACCAAUUUUCACUGAAAUAGGGUACUUCUCAUUUCUUGCACGUGAACUCCUUUUUAAUAAGAGCCGAGAGGAUAUUCUAGCGAUAAGUGACUAUUACCUUGUUUUCAAGCAUGGAAUGCGUGUCCUGCUGGCUGAUGAAAUGGGACUUGGAAAGACUCUUCAGUCACAGUGUGCAAGGAAAGCUGGCCACGGUGUAAUAACAGCCAAAUUUGAUCUAAAAUCCCUAUCAUAUGCACUGGUCGUUAACGAAGUUCUUGAUAUCAGACGAUGUCCAGGAAAUUCUAUCCAAAUGAGUGAUGGAGUUGGAGCUGUGUUUCUAAUGAAGAAAUGUGUUACAAUGCAGAAAGGAAUUCUAAUCCUUCGUGUAUUCAGGUGCUUAUCUUAUGUAACUAUUUUUUUAUUUUUUUUUGUAUAUCCAUCCUAUUAAGUAGCCAACUAUACUAUAGCACGUGCGUUUCACUAGUUUUCAUAAAUAAGUGGUUUUUCUAAUAAAUAAUUUACUUGUUAAUA